AUGUACACUUACAGUAACGUCACACUGCAGAUCCUUAGCAGCAUUGUGGAGGAGAACAAGAACGAUUACCUCCAGCGACUGCGAUCUCAGAGGGAAACCAUUCUGGAGCACGUGACAACCACGGCGGAAGAAGGCAAGAGACAGUGUGCGCAGCAAAAAGAGAACCUUCUACAAAACGUCACCGCGACCGUCGAGUCUCUGCGAGAGAGUUUUGAGAGCAAGUGGAAGAGCCAGCUACAGGUCCUGAGCCACACAGUAGACCAGAACAAGAAAGAGUGUCCACAUCAGAUGCUGUCCCAGAAACGCCAGAUUCUGGAAAAUGUGGAGACGAUCAUGGAGCAGAACAAACUAGCGUCUGUACAACUGGAAGAACGCAUUCUUGGCAACGUCACUGCGACUUUUGAACAAAAUGAAAUGAAGUUUGUACAACUGGAAACAUGCAUUCUCGGGAACGUCACAGCGAUGAUUGAGGCUCUAGAAGCAGGUUUUGAGCGCAAGCUGAGUGCUACAAAGACCAAGUUGCAGACCAAUACGUGUGCUGACGUCACGAUUCAAGCCCCCCGGCCAGUGGUCACCCUUUCUAACGGCAUGCAAGUCGUCUGUGACACUGAGACAGACAACGGAGGCUGGAUCGUGGUCCAGAGGCGUACCUCGGCCGACGUGGACUUUUUCCGGGGCUGGGUGGACUACAAGAACGGUUUCGGAGACCUGUCUGGAAACUUCUGGUUUGGGCUGGAGAAAAUCCACCAGCUGACAAAAAAGGAGAGGUACGAGCUGCGGGUUGACUUUACGUACAAGGGGACAAACUACUACGCCAUUUACAAAAACUUUUUGUUACUUGGAGAAUCCGAGAAUUACAAAAUUAAGAUCUCCGGAUAUUCAGGUAAUGCAGGUGACCAAAUGAUUUAUGAUAAUGGCCAGGCAUUCACAACAAAGGACCGUGACAACGAUCCAAACAAUUCUGGCAACUGUGCUAGGAUACGUCAUGGAGCUUGGUGGUACAAACAGUGUGGGCACGUGAACUUCAACGGGGCGUGGGCCACAGAGAAGUGGGCCAAGGGCGUGUGUUGGUACAGAGUAACAGGGUGGGGCAGCUCUGCCACCUUCAGUGAAAUGAAAAUACGACCACUUGCAAAGUGACAACUUUAUGACAGCAAAUAUUCGGUUUUUUGAUUAUUUACGAAGUUUGUGUGUUCAUGUUUAAUUUUGUUUGAAGGAAAGAAGAAAAAGGGACAAUCCAUUUUCAAAAUGACAGCUCUAUGACAGAACAUACUCGGUGUUCUGAUUAUGUACGAAGCUUCUGUGUCCAUAUAUUAUUUUGUUUGAAAGAAAGAGGGAAAAGGAUAAUAAUACUAAACAUAAAUCCACACUGUAUACGUAUUCUUCUCACUUCCCACAGUCUGAUCCCCAUGCGCUUUACAUAUUUUCUUAAAACAGAAAAAUCUGGUUUUUGCGUAGUCA